AUGCCACUGAUAUUGCGCGUUGUUAGCUUAAAUUGCUGGGCUUUACCUUUACCAUGGCCAUUUAGAAGCAGUGAUCAUGCUCUUCGAAUAAAGAAGAUUGGUGAAGCUUUGCUACAAAAUGAGUAUGAUAUUGUAGCUUUAGAAGAAGUUUGGGGAGAAGGUGAUUUUCUUCGUUUACAAAAAGCAUUGAAAGAUGUAUAUGCUUACAGCUAUUACUUUCAUAGUGGAUUCACUGGAAGUGGCAUUUGUGUUUUCAGUCGACAUCCAAUUGUUUCAACUUUAAUGCAUCGUUUCACUCUUAAUGGGUUUGCUCAUCAUAUACACAGAGGUGAUUGGUUUGGUGGAAAAGGUGUGGGCUUAGUGGAAAUUGAAAUUGAACAAUACCGUAUCAAUUUUUAUGCUGCUCAUCUUCACGCGGAAUACGAUCCUAACAAAGACCUCUAUUUGCCUCAUCGCCUUGCACAAGCUUUUGAACUAGCUCAGUUUGUCAAACAUACAAGUUAUUCUGCUGAUGCCUUAAUUCUUGCUGGUGACUUUAACAUUGAACCUGAUAACCUUGCUUAUCAAUUAAUUAUGAAAAACGCAAACUUGAGAGAUGCUUGGAUUCAAAAACCGAAUAGCUGUGAUGAUUGUGGUGCGACUUUCGGAAGGCUUGAUAAUUGUUAUACACCUCAACGGCUCAAAAAUAAAAAAUGUUACGGAAAACGUUUGGAUUAUAUUAUGUAUAGAAGUGGAAAAAGUAAAAUAGAAUUGAAGCUAUGUGAAAUAAGAAUGAAUCGUAUCCACGAUCAGAAAUCAAUCAACUACAGCGAUCAUGUUGGAAUUUAUGCUGAAUUUUCUGUAUCAGAUCAAUACGACGAGAUUACUAAAAGCCUAUCAUUAACUCCAGCAAAUUUGCUAAAAAAAGUUAUCGAAACUCAGCAAGAAGGAAUAACUCGUGUCAGUCGAGAUCGGUUUAUUUUUCUUGCCUUAGUUGUUAUUCUUGUUGGACUUAUUUUGGCUACUUUUUCUGCUGAGCAGCAUAUUCCUGUUGUUAAAACAUUGGCAUUAACACUUCGAUUUGUUCUCACAUUAUUGAUAGGAUUUUGUUUGUGGCAUGGUUUAAUUGGCCUAACAUUGGAGUACAAAGCAUUGAAAGCAUCGAAAGCAUCAGUAUCUAUGUUACUGAAUGAAUAG